GCUACUGUUCCACAAUUCAAUUCUAAUCAACUCCUUCAACAAAAUUCUGCUAUGAUGAUGCAACAACAAAUGCAAGGUAAUUUACAGCAGCUUGGCAAUGCUCAAAAUACGCAAAUUGGUUUUAUGGGAAACGUGCCUCAGGGAGUAACACAAUUAACUGGUCAAAAUCAACAACAAUGGAUAGGACAAAAUCAAUACCACCAGAUGCAGCAACAACCACAAUUUUAUCCACAUCAAGCAAAUCGUUUUGAGCGCCCACAACAUAAUCAAUCUAAGCAGGCUUUAUGCAAUAUGCUUCGGCAGCGUCAACCUAAUUUUAAUCAAAAUAAUUCAUCAUCAUUUAACGCUCUUCAGCAGCAUCAACAAAUACGACAGACACAGGGACUACAACCGCAAGGUGCAGUUAACUCCGUCCAACAACAAUUCGUUAGAGGAGGGAUGCGAGGAAUAACAUCAAAUCAGAACCAGCUAACAAGUAAUAUUGGUAAUAUGCCUCAAGGAUUAAAUGCAAACGGAAUCCUGGCUGCGCAGCAGGGCGCCCAAAAUGUAAACUCACAAGCUAGUAAUCAAACAAUGCCAAUGACCCCAAAUACAGGGUCAGGAAAUGUUUUACAGCAAAAUGUUAACAUAGGAGGUGGAAAUUCGAAUCAAAACAUCAUUAAUCAACCAACGAAUCCAUUUCAUAAUUUUAAUCAGUAUCAACAAUCUGGAAUUAUGAAUAAUGGCGGAAAUAGCCAGGUUCCACCCUCCAACAUGGUAGGCUCCUACAAUCAAAUGAACCAGAGGAGCGGUUCUUCAGAUUAUCUCCAACAACGCGGGACUAAUCCUGUAACUAAUAAUCGUGGUCAGUUUGUCAAUCCGACCCCCAAUGUAACCAUGGGAAAUAUUAUAGGACAGAAUACUAUACAGCCUUAUUCAAGGCAACAAUGUACAGGUGGAAAGCCGAGUGUAGUUUCGACACAGCAGCAAUUUCAACAGCAGCGAUUACAUCACCAAAUGAUGCAAAUGCAAGGUGGAAUGGUGCAAUCUCAGAAUCAAACUAUAAACCAGCAACAAACUCCAAAUUUAGUCGCUCAACUUCAAAGACAAUUACCGAAUCAACAAAAUAUGAAUGUUCAACAAUAUCAACAUCACCAAGGUCAAUAUUAAGAUAAUAAAUUAAAAUAAAUUAAAUAUCGAAUA